AUGCUGCCGGCCGCAAACUUGGCUGGUACUCACCGCUUGAGAAAAGAGUGGAACAUGAAGAAGUUCAAAACUCGUUCGGGUGAUACAGUGCGGCUAACAGAUUUGCUGGACGAAGGAGUGAAAAGAGCAGAAGCGAAGCUACUAGAAAAAGAGCGAAAUAAGGUAAUGUCUACGGAGGAGCUGGCCGCUGCUCGUGAUGCUGUUGCUUAUGGCUGCAUAAAGUAUGCUGAUUUAUCGCAGACUCGUACGCAAGAUUAUGUCUUCUCAUUCGACAAGAUGCUUGAUGAUCGAGGCAAUACGGCAGUUUAUCUCCUUUAUGCUUAUGCUAGGAUAAGGUACGUUUUUUUAUGCGUAAUAUCAUAA